GCCUCCUUCGGGGAAAGGGGACAACCCUUUUUGAUCUCACCGUCUAAUCAACUCACCAGUGCGUGCACGUAACUUUUCAGAUAAGGCUGUUCGGCGCGUAACGAGGAAAUCGCACUCUUUCCACCGUGUACUUGCAGCCUGUUCUACUUAACAGAAAGAAAGCAUAUAGCCUACGACCCCCUCAGAUAUAAGUAGUGUUAAAGGAAUUCAAAAUAUUCUGUUGCCUAACAAGGUCGGUGCAAGAUAAUACAACAAGUGAUAAAGCGGCGAGACAGGCGGCAGCGUAUGGAUUCUACAUUUGCCGCGAAAGGGGGUUUAUGAACCUGCUACAUUCAGGAAGGUUACGGAUAAAACGGCGACAGGUCAGGCAGCGAUUUCAGGAUUGCAUGACCUCAAUUAUGUGAACAGAAUAUAAGCUUGCGGAAACUGUACGCGAGCACACAACUAUACGGCCGACGGAAAGGGGGACGGUGUCAUUUCAUUUUUCCAUCCAGGGGUAUCUGGAAUUUAUUCACCCAGAGGGCAUCUGAUCAAAACACAGUGCAGAAUGCAACUGUCACUGUUUUUCGUAUUGUUGGUCGGGAUUCAUCAAAGCUCGAAGGCUCUGGCUAAAUCAUUCCGAUCUACACAGUUCAGGCGUGAUGACAGCAAUCACCUCACAGACUUGUACCGGGCGGAGGAGAGCCUCAACGUGACAGGCAGCGGGCACCUGCACAGCCCGCGAUACCCCAGUGCCUACCCCCGCAACCUGCUCCUCACCUGGAGGCUGCACUCGCCCGCAGACACACGCAUCCUGCUGGAGUUCAACAGCCACUUCGGCCUGGAGGAGUCCGAGAACGACGUCUGCAAGUAUGACUAUGUGGAGGUGGAGGACAUCUCGGAGACCAGCACCAUCAUCUGGGGCCGCUGGUGCGGGACCAAGGCCCCUGCCCACAUCACCUCCAAGACCAACGUCAUCAAGGUCACCUUCAAGUCUGACAACUACUUUGUGGCCAAGCCCGGCUUCAAGCUCCAUUACUCUCUCCUGGAUGAUUCUCCUCCAAUCACCUCACAGAAGAACUGGGAGGUGAUCACCCACUCCAUGGCAGCUCCAUUGACGUAUGUCUCGCCGGUGACGGAGCGUCCUCUGAGCAUGGCGGAGCUGGACAAGGCCAUCGCCUCCUUCAGCACGGUGGAGGACAUGCUGAGGCACCUAAACCCGGAGUCCUGGCAGGAAGACAUGGACAGCCUGUACCAUGACACCAGCAGCCAGUACAGGCCCCGCGCCUACCACCACGACCGCAAAGGCAAGGUUGACCUGGACCGUCUGCACGAGGACGUGAAGCGCUACAGCUGCACGCCGCGGAACUUCUCGGUGAACCUGCGGGAGGAGCUGAAGGCCACCAGCGCCGUCUUCUUCCCGCGGUGCCUGCUGGUCCAGCGCUGCGGGGGCAACUGCGCCUGCGGCACCGACAACUGGAACUCCUGCACCUGCACCGCCGGCAAGACAUCCAGCAAGCUGCACGAGGUGCUGAAGUUCUCCCCCAGUCCAGGUUACUUCAGGAAGCGCUCUCGAGCACGCUGGGUUCUCGAGGAGAUCCACCUGGUUCACGACGAGCGUUGUGACUGCGUGUGCCACGACCGACCCCCGCGAUGAGACAGAGGCAUCCUGGGGAAAAAAGACACACACACACACAGCUCUGGGACUCUUUUUAGCUCUGCAGAUCCUCUCACUUGUACUACACCCUCAUCCUCAUGUCUCGCUUAGUAUGAGGGUGAGAAAUUGUGUGUGUGGGUAUGUGUGUGUGUAAGAAACAGAGAAAGCAUUGGAGAGCGUCUUUGUGUGUGUGUAUGAUAUAUAUGUGUGUGUGU